GAACAGACCUAACUUAAUCUACUCCUUCCUUAUAGCCAUUAUACAACGUGCUCGUCAAGUCCAAAAAAAUAAUAAGAAACCACGAAAUGCACCGGCCAAUGUCAAGCCAUAAACCUCUUGUAAAAAUUCAAAAAAUCGCUUUAUACCAGGAGGUAUCUCCCUUCAAUCGAUAUCUCUCCCCAACCACAAAAAUGAUUCUGUCACACAUGGUCUGUCCUUUGCUCUCUACUGGACCGAACGUUUUGAUAGUCAUGUACAAACCGAAAAUGGGAACUGUACGCUGCAUUCAAGCUACAAUAUACCCCCAGAGUAAAUAGAAACAUCAUGGAACAACACCAUAGCAGGGAAGAGGAUGCUGCAAACUAAAUAAAUCCUAAAAUGACAUGACUUGGAUGAUCACCCGAUCAACG